CUUAAACCAACCCCCCCCUCUCCAUCUAUAUAUAUACGCGCACACGCAACUCCUCUCUCAAUCAAGCAAAGCAACAAAAAUGGAAGGACAAGGACAACUGCAGCGAACGCAUCAUCGCUACGAAGAAGACCCUCAUCAUCGCGCUGGUAUGCAGUCUGUGGUGGAGGGUGAAGGUGAUCACAACCACCACGGCGAGAAGAAGUCGGUGCUCACGAAGGUGAAGAACAAGGCUAAGAAGAUUAAGGACAAAAUCAAGCACGCUGGUCACGCUCACGAAGGCGAUGACUACGAUUAUGACGAGGAUGAAGAAACCGUCGACGGAGGUCAUGUUCAUGGGGCACCAGUUGUGAAGGAAUCCGAAUUUAUCAGCGGCACGGCUCUGCCUAAACAAACCGGUCUCAAUUUGGAAAAUCCGGUGGAGGAACGGCAGAGUCGACUUGCAGGAGAUGAGAUAUACGGUGAUUUUGGGGAUCUGCGUAAACAAACCGGUCUCAAUCUGGAAAACCCGUUGAAUCCGCUGGAGGAUCGGCAGAGUCGAAUUGCAGGAGAUGAAAUAUACGGUGAUUUUGGGGCAAAUACAGCUCUGCCUAUACAAACCGGUCUCAAUUUGGAAAACCGUCGAAUUGCAGGGGAUGACGCUGAUCAUGUUGGAGCAAACACGGAGUCGGAUCGGAAUGCGAGGAAUGAGAUGUAUUCCAGUAUAGGAAACGAUAAAGUGAUUGAGACCUCCCCUUUGGUGGAGGAUCCGUACAUCCCUAACGUCAGGAAAGCAGAAUACUCUGAAGCAGGAGAUGUAGGAGAGAUAAUGGCAAAGUUGGCAAUGGAGGCUCCUCCAGAACGACGCUCUGCGGUGGCAGAGCCAGAGCCUAUGGUUAAAAUCGGCCCGCUCACUGCCUUGGAGGAGGAUCCUCACUUUCCCAGGACUGAUCGUCAUCUUCAUCCUCCUAAUUACGAGACCAAAGUUUCUGAUCCUACCGGUUUAGGGGCUGCGGAGGUGGAUGUUGCUCCGCUUGUCGACCGCCUCGGAAACCUUCGCGUUGGUGAAUCGAAGACCGAACCAGAAGAGAUGGAUUACACAGGAAGCCACGAUCAUAUUCAGAAGACUCAGUCAGAAGAGAUGGAUUACACAGGAAGCCACGAUCAGUUCGCUCCUCAGCCUAUUCCAGUUAGUGACGAGUUCAAUCCGAAGAGCGUGGAUGAUGAUCUCGUGCUGCCACGAGACACGGUUGCCGAGAAGAUUUCUGCAGCCACAUCUGUUAUAGCUGAGAAAGCGUCCUCUGCUAAGGAUAUGGUGGCGUCGAAACUGGGAUACGGCGGCAGUGGCACCCAAGUGGUGGAUGAGGGUCCGCGGAAAGGUGCACUGGAGUCGGUAAGUGAGAAACUGGCGCCGGUGUAUGAGAAAGCGGCUGGUGCAGGGACGGCCAUAAUGUGUAAGAUGCAGAGAGGUGGGGUGGCAGAGGAGAGCGAUAGAGGGGUGUCGGUGCAGGAAUACUUGGUUGAGAAGUUCAGCCCAGGGGAGGAGGACAGGGAGUUGUCGAAGGUGAUCAGCAGCGCCAUUAGAGGAGAAGGGCAGCAGGAGGCGGAGGAGGUGAAGGAAAGGGUGAGGGUUGAGGCGGUGGUGAGUGAUGAGAAGGCGGCUGCGGGAGUCGUGGAUCGAGUGAAAGGCGCUAUUGGGACGUGGCUCGGCAAGAACCAUCGUGGACACCCGGGUGAAGGGGAAGGGCUGGAGAAGGAAAUAGCUAGCAAGUUACAGGAGUAAAUCCACUGAUUCCACUUGGAACCAUGGUUGUGUAGUGUUGUUAUAUAAGUACCAGAAUGUUCGUAUCUGUAAUCUGUGUGUGUAAGUUGUGAACCAAGUGGAUUCUAUCAUAGCAAUUCCAUUUUGUUUGUUGCA